GGGAAAGGAAGAGAAGUGCUAUCGGCAUCAUUUAAGUAGCUCAAGUAGUGAGGAUGAAAAAGAAGAUCAGUUAACAAAAAAGAUAGAGGUAGAUCAGUUAGCAGAAGAGAUAGUAAGGAAAGUAAGUCGGGCAGUAGAAGCCAUAGAAAGAAAAAAAGAUCGGCCAGUAAAAGUAGAAAUAAAAGCUCUAGCAGGUCUAGCAGCAGUAGCAGCAGCUCAA